CCUGUGUUUUUGCGAAAGUAUCCUAGUUUCUCAAUUAUUUAUGCACACACAAUUAUUCAUGUAGUGAAAAAUCUUCUUCAUAUGGACCUAUUUAUAGGUCUUCAUUGUUUGCUUCCUAUGAUUCACACCAAGUAACAAUCUCUCUCUCCCUCUCCCUCUCUCUCUCAUCUCUCCCUCCCAUCUCUCUCAGAAUUACAAGAGAUGGAGGUGGAACAAAGUUCAAAUGUGAUUGCAAAGAGAGUGUGGAAAAUAGUAAAGAUAGUCUUGUACAUGUUGAAGAAAAGCAUAACCAAGAGCAAGCUACUAGUUGAUCUCCAAAUGAUGAUGAAAAGAGGCAAACUUGCUGGCAAAGCAAUAAGCAACCUCAUGAUCUACAACCACUACGCCGCCUUCACUUGUCGAUCCAACAAUGAUUUGUCGUUCAUUUCGCCUCAAGAGUACGAAUUCAGUUGCAGCAACACUCCAUUUUACGCCUCGUAUUUCACAAAACGAAAAUCCCACCACCACCAAAACAGCAUUGAUGACAUUAACCUAGCUCGAAAAGUAUUCGAAAUGCUCAACAAUCAUGAGAAGCCCGAGGCUUCACCCCUGGCAUUGCCAGGGUUCGGACAAACCCCGAUGGUUCGACAGCUGAGGAUCACUGAUUCACCAUUUCCUAUAAAAGAAGAAGAUGAUCCUCGAGUGGACAAGGCAGCCGAAGAUUUUAUCAAGAAGUUCUACAAAGAAUUGAAGCAACAGAAGGGGACACCAUCACCGUACAAUAUCUGGUCUAGAUAACAAUUUUGAUGAUAUUUUCGAGUUCUUGUGAUAAUCAUUAGGAUAUAAUUUCUGUUACAUGCAUACAUAAUUGUGUUACAGCCUAAUUCGAGAAGAAGUAUUGUUUUGAUAA